UAAUUUGUAGAUCGCGCCUUACUGUUGUGUAACGUUUUUAUAGAUGUUGCAUUUUUAGUGCUGAUCGAUCUACACUAAGUUUGCAAAACUGCAUGGCUAACCGAGUUGAUACAAAUGAAUGGAUUUAAUCAUUUGAUGUUACUUUUCAUUGGUAUUAUUACAGUACUGGUGAUUCCUAAUAAAAUUAAAUUUGAAUGCUGCUCAUUACUUAUGUUUAGGUGGCGUUUUGUGGUACAUGGAUGUAUUGAUGGAUACAGUAGAGCAGUAGUGUACCUAAGGUGCAACACGGAUAACACAUCCAGUACAGUUUUGUCAUGUUUUAAGGAUGCAGUAGGUAGCUGGGGGCUGCCAUCACGUGUUCGUGGAGAUAUGGGCGUGGAAAACCGAGAUGUGGCCAGAUGCAUGCUGGAUCACCCUAAAAGGGGGCCAGGGCGUAGCAGCUACAUAACUGGCAAAAGUAUGCGCAACUCCCGAAUAGAGAGGCUAGGGCGAGAUGUAUUUCAGGCGGUUUUGUCCAUUUUCCAAGAUUUGUUUCAUGAUAUGGAGGAAGAUGGGAUAUUGGUCCCAGACAAUACACUGCAUUUGUUUUGUUUGCAUUAUGUAUACAGACCAAGAAUUAACAACAUGCUGGAUAGGUUUGUACAGUCAUGGAAUCACCAUAAGCAGAGAACCGCAAACAAUAGAACACCGAUACAGCUUUUCAUUUCUGGUAUGCACCAUGUGGCCGGAGAAGAUAAUAUAAUUCCUCGGGAGUAUUUUGAGACCAUCAAAGAGGUAAUUUCAGUCUUUUUACAGGCUAUUUUUUCUGCCUCCGUGUUGUUUUGUUUAUUUGGCACAAAGGCUAGAGGAUACCGAAGUAUUAUUGUAUGGGCUCUCAGCCUAUGGUGUCCUCUUGGCACAUCUCAUGUAAUUUUGGCAUAAUUAAAUAAAUUAUAAUAAAAUAAAUCUGUCAAUGUUGCAAGAUAUUUAAAACAAGGUGUUUGUGAAAAUUAAGAAAUUCUGUAACUUCAGCAAUGAUGUAAAAAAAAACUAGAAAAAAAAACACAAAAAAAACUAGUCACCUGAAUUAAAGAUGGAUCCUGCUAAGCCUAGAUUGUGAA